AUGCCUGCUUCCACAAAUGCAACCAUCUUAACCCUAAUCCCCAAAAAACCAGGAGCCUCGAUGAUAACUGACUACAAACCCAUCUCGUGUCUCAACACCCUCUACAAAGUCGUCUCUAGACUUCUUGUCCGCCGCCUGAAGCCAAUCUUGCCUGCGCUCAUUCUCCCUAACCAAACUGCUUUUGGACCUAAGAGAAUCACUAUCAAGGUAGACAUUGCAAAGGCGUUUGAUAGUGUUUCUUGGGACUUCUUACUUAACUGUCUAGAAGGGCUAGAGCUCCCGGAGGAGUACAGGAAGUGGCUUAAAGCUUGUAUCUGCACGACUAACUUCACGGUGGGCUACAACGGAAUGGUACAAGGCUACUUCAAAGGGAAAAGAGGACUCAGGCAGGGCGACCCACUCUCUCCCUAUCUGUUCGUUAUCGCCAUGAACUGCUUAUCACUAAUGCUAAAUAAGGCGGCGGAGGAAAAGAAGUUUACCUAUCACAAAGGUUGCGCCGGCUCCAAGCUGACACAUCUUUGUUUUGCUGACGACCUCCUUAUAUUUGUCGAAGGGACAUUGAACUCGGUCCAAAAUGUGUUGCAAGUCCUCCUUGAAUUCCAAAAACGCUCGGGCCUGGCAGUGAGUGUACAGAAAUCAAGCUUCUUCGCCGCAGGUGUCUCGGAGGCCGAGUGUGACUUGAUUAAAUUCUCAACAGGAAUGCCUCAAGGAACGCUCCCAGUCAGGUACCUAGGAGUCCCCUUGUGCAGUAAGAAACUGAGCAUCGCCAAUUGUGAAAUGCUAAUUCAGCAAGUUAAGACUCGACUUACCUCUUGGAGCUCAAAGUCUUUGUCUUUUGCGGGAAGGCUCUUGUUGAUAAAAACAAUGAUAGCAGGAAUAUCAACGUUCUGGUGUUCCUCUUUUGUCCUGCCAAAAGCAUGCAUCAAAAGGAUUAACUCACUCUGUAGUGUUUUCCUGUGGCAAGGAAACCUGAAGCUCAUCACUCGGCAAGAGUUUCGUGGUUCGGUUUGGGUAGCUUGGUUUAGAGCAGAAAUCUUACAAGGCAGCCUGAGUAACUUCUGGAUAGUCAAACCAAAUCAGAGGAACUCAUGGCUAAUCAACAAGUUACUCAGGAUGAGAGAAGUGGUGUACCCGUGGAUAAAACUGAGAGUUGGGAAUGGAAGAAAUUGUCGAUUCUGGACUGAUAACUGGUCGCCUUUUGGCAACAUUCAAAACUAUCUUCUUGGAAACGAAGGAUCACGACUGGGCAUCCCAAUGGCAGCGACUCUCGCAAGUCUCCACCGAAGAGAUCAGUGGCGAUUGCCUCCUGCAAGAUCAGACAAUCUGGUGAGUCUCCAAACACAUCUAACUACUAUCUCCAUUACUAAUCAGGAGGAUUACUAUGAAUGGGAGAUUGAGGGGCAUGUCUCUAAGAAAUAUGGGACCGGAGAUGUUUAUAGACAACUAAGGGGAGAGAUGAUAACAGUACCGUGGGCUAAGGUAGUGUGGUGCGGAGGAGGAAUCCCAAAACACAGCCUUUUGGCUUGGCUGUUUACCCUCAAUAGGUGUCCGACACGGGAUAGGAUCUUGGGAUGGGGCUUGCAAACAGAUCCUGUUUGUCUUCUCUGCAACAUUGAACCAGAGAGUAGAGACCAUUUGCUCUUCGAUUGUGAGGUCAGCUGGAGGAUUUGGAGUCCUAUGGCGAGGAGAUGCAAUCUUCAACCCUCCAGAUCUUGGAACACCCUCUACAACAACUGCAGUCUCUCCCACUAG